AUGGAUUCCAAAACAAAUGGCAUCGAUGAUUUCCCUGAUCACUGGAAGGUCACCCUUUUAGGCGAGGAAUUCUGGAAGGACGCCGAGAACUGGAACAAAGAUACCAACGACAGGAUUGAAGCAGGCAAGUCUCCGAGCAUAAUCAUGACUCACGACCAGAGCCUCCACACCAGAUUUCCCUUCAACAUCGGCCCCGAGCAAUCGCAGACUCCCCGAGUCCCGUGCAUCAUCACCACCAUCGCGGAUCUCGACGAAGUGCUCGAAGACUCCGUGCCACUGAAAAGAAGCAGGCGCUUUAGCAUGAGCGAUGCUCUUGGCGUGACCGUAAACUUAUCAAGCGAAAACAGCGGCUCGACUCUUCAACCUCCGUCUCGCGUCUUGGGCCUGGACCUGCGCAGACGCUCACGAUCACGCUCAAGAUCUCGCUAUAACAACCGCGUCCGCUCAUCCAGUGUUACGGCUGAUAUUCGCCGCUCAAGCUCCAUGAUCAGAUCAACCUUCAACCGCUUGAGCGGUAGGCGGAAGCUAAAAGACGAAGAGGAGGAAGCCGUCGAAGAGAUCGAGACCGAGCUCAACGAGCUGGAGCUUGAGACCCAGGAAGAACUAAGCACUCCGAUCCCAGAAUUCACGCCCGACCAGGCCACGCCCGCAAACCCGCUUAUGGAAUUCCGAGGCGGGGCUCUCUGGGCUGCUCUCCCCAAGGAUCGCCGGACCUUAGGCCUGGACGUCUUCUGGCCAAACCCAGCGGACCAGUUGACGGACAACCACACAAUAGAACAUAAGACCAAGACGAAAACCGCCACAGAAGACGAGGAAGAGGAAGAGGAACCCACAAUCUUACCCAUCGACGAAAUGUCGCCCCUAUGCACCUUCCGUAAUCUGCGCGUCCUCAAGAUUACAGGCAUGAUGCAAUCUUACCAAAUGCACAUCUUCCAAGCUGCCUGGCUCAACACUGAUCUCGAGGAACUAGAGAUCGGAAUGGCACUGUCCCCACGUCUCCGCCGUGGCUACAAAUGGCCUUAUAUCAAAGGCGGUUGGCGUCUGAAUAAAGCUACCUAUGGAGAGCCUGUUUACCACGGCACCGGCGAAGGCACCCUCCUCCCGAGUGUCGGCGUCGCCGAAUACCUGGACAAGAUGUGUCUUGAGAAAGCGAAAAUCCGCGCCAUGGCAAUUGGCAGCACACGCAACCGUCUCUCGAUCCGCACAUUGAUUCUUACAGGCGUCGUCGUCGACGCAGACCCCUUCCUGCACUGGUUCGAUCCGAAGCGGUUGAAAUGCAUCAACUUCAAGGACAACUGCGUCGAUGCGGGGUUCUAUCUUAGCCACUGCAUGGAGAAGGUGUCUGUUCUAUUUCCGAGGCAGAUCAAGGAGCCAGUGAUAGCGGCGAGGAGGGUCGAUUUGGGCAGGGAGUUGAAGGUUAUAAGGAUUGAGGGUGGGAAGAAGGUUGGUGAGAUCCCGUACCGUGGGCUGGAAAGUCUCAAGCAGGAGAUUCCGAGGAAUAUGGUCAAGGCAGAUGAUAAUAAGGAGAAGGAGGGUACCGCAAAAGGCUAG